AUGCAGCUUUUUGACGGGAGCAAUUUUGGUUCAGCUGUUGACAUCGCCGCUCCGGGUUACGAAAGAUUAGAAGAGAAGUAUGCCACUGCUACGGGUAUUUCUGAUGCAACCGCUUUCGUAGCAGGUAUAGCUGGGAUGCUCUACACCCUUGAACCAUCUGUGGAAACUAAGCUAACUCUUGCUUACAUCAAAAGUACCAUCAUGGACACGGCCGAAGGUAUAAAGGACAGUAAAGAGGAAAAAACUCUCUCAUUCGGCCGCGUGAAUGCUGCGACGGCUGCCAGUGAGAUACUUGGGAGAAAGACGGUAUAA